UGGCAACCUAGUAUUCUCAUAUGUUUAUAAAAAAACCAAUAGCAAUUUGCUCGUCAGAAUUUGUUUGUUUAAUUGGCGUCCAGAAAAUAUUUUGCCGGUGUAUAGAAAUCUUUUUGGAAUUAUUUACAAAAAAUAUGGAAAAAAGGUUACUGCUGCUGGUGGCGCUUGCUGGCCUAGCGCGUUACUACUUUCAGGGAUUUCAGUGGAUUGGCGACAGAGUUGAAGUGUCAACGCCUAUAAACUCCUACAAGCGAGUGCAAGAGGGCAUAUAUCUAUACGAAAAUGGUAUAGAUCCCUAUAUCGGCGAUGUGGUGCACGAGUUGCCAGUAAUUUUAGUGCUGCUUGUACGCAUUUUUGGUGUGAUAUCAAGCUAUGUGCCAUUAUUCUAUGUACUGAUUGAUUUGCUGACUGCUAUGCUACUAUAUAAAUUGGCACAGAAAUUUGUACGCACAAAAUUGGUGGAGCAAAAAGUGGAGGCGCUACAAUUUGCAGUAGGCACAGAGGAGCUACAAGUACAAAUCUCAGACUUAGAUAUGAUACCGCGUUGUGUAUUACUGGCUUAUCUCUUCAAUCCAUUAGCGUUACUCAGUUGUGCUGGUCUCACCUCGACAGUACUCAGCAAUUUCUUGCUGGCAUCCACACUAUAUUUCCUAGCGCAACGACAGUUAUUACCUUGCAUUAUGUGUUUAGCGCUGGAAACAAUGCGUAAUCUCUAUCCGCUGGUGCUAAUCGCACCAGUUGUAUUGGUUUUCACACAGCGCGCUAAAUCCACUACCACCGCUGCCAUUGGUGUUUUGUCGCUAUUCGCUGUAGCCUGUCUGGCUAUCACCGGUUUGAACUAUGCUUUAAUACAGAGCUGGAGCUUUGUAGAUGCUACGCUGGGUUUCAUUUUCUUAUACCGCGAUCUACAACCAAAUAUCGGACUUUUCUGGUAUUUCUUUACGGAAAUGUUCGAACACUUUCGCACAAUGUUCCUAAUUACAUUCCAAAUGAACGCCACCGUCCUUUACCUAGUGCCAUUAUCGCUUAAAUUGCGCAAAGAACCAUUGCUGUUAGCAACAGUGCUCAUUGCAUUAAUGUCCAUAUUCCGUUCGUAUCCCAGUGUUGGUGAUGUUAGCUUCUAUUUGGCUUUGUUACCGUUGUGGCGUCGCUGCUGGAAGUUUAUGGCGCAUAACUUUGUUGUGUUCUGCUUUUUCGUGGUCACUUUAUGCAUGAUGCCAGCGUUAUGGCAAUUAUGGAUUUAUUCCGGCUCGGCGAAUGCUAACUUCUACUUUGGCACCACGUUAGCUUUCUCCACGGGACAAAUAUUCCUGGUCACCGACUUGCUGUUUGCGCAUGUCAAACGUGAUUUCUGUCUACGCAACGGUUUGAAAGUCUACAUUGAUGGCAAGGAAGCAAAAAUUAUUUUAGAAUGAGCAGUCUGUUUCCUAUAGCAACAAUACUUCGUUUGCUGUUUAAAUGCUACUUUUAAUUGCAUUUAUUAACUAAAUGGCUGUAUUGGCUGCUGCAUUGUGAGGUUGUUGUAUGAACCUGGAAUUUUAGUAUUGAAUAAAUAACUACACUGCAUUUUAUGUCCGUAGUCUUGGAAAUUUGUAGUAAAUGGUGUAUUUGUUUUAGUAUUAAUAAAAAGAAAUGGAAAAAUAAUAAA